AUGAAGUUCGGCAAGGGUCUGCUGCAGGAGAUUCUUCAGAGCAAUCCAGAGUGGGCACCCUUUUGGCUCAACUACAAGAUCCUAAAGAAACGUAUCAAGGCCGUAACACGCGCGGCGCACCACGCCGCCAACCAGCGCGAUAUCUCCGAAUCCGAGCUGGAGGUGGCCUUCUUCCGUGACCUGCAGGCCGAGCUAAAGAAGAUCUCACUCUUCUACGCGGCGGAGGAGAAGCGCUGCUCAUUUCGCUACCAGCAGCUGCGCUCUGUGCUAAAAAACCUCAAGAAACGAGAAAAAAUUGAGGCCAUUGAAGCGCAACGACUUAUGUUCGCCUUCGUGCAUUUCUACCGCGAGUGUAUCCGUCUCGAGAACUUCGCUGUCAUGAAUUACCAGGGGUUCUCCAAGAUCCUCAAAAAGCACGACAAAAUGACGGGAUACAACACGCGGUCCAAGUACAUGCGCCGUAAGGUGAACUUGUCGUCAUUCUCGAGCUACCCGAGUCUGCUACACAUUUUGUCCAGCACCGAGGACAUGUUUCACGAAGUAGAACAUGACGUCCGCAUGGCAUCUGCUGUGUCCAAAAUGAAGCUCAGCGUCGAGUCACAGGUGAAGACCGACACAAAUACUGCUCGUGUGCUCGCCCCGGUGGUGCAUAUCCCAAUGGAUGCCGUAAAUUCGACCACGCCCGUGCACACGGCGUCUCUACCUCCUAAGUUUCACUCUCCCCACCUCACGCCGCCCAACUCUUCGACAGUCGCUGCGCCGUUCCCCGCUUCAGUGUUGUGGACUUCAGAAGAUCACGAGUCCGAGCAAAAAUUCCAGCUCUAG